UCCCUCUCCUCCUGCUGCUCCUCUCCUCCUUUGUGCCGUUGAAACCGUCACUCUUGUCAACCAAUUCUGAUCAGAUCUCACCAAUAACCCUCUCUCUUUCUUUCUCUCUUUCUCAACUCUCCAAGUCUCCAGAGUCUUCCAGCUGCUCCAACCCUAAUCCAAUCCCUCAUACGCCGACUCACCUCCUCCACUCUGGGUUUGGGCAGUAAAGAGGAUUUGAAGGCUCACUUUUCUGGUUGAAUUUUGAGUUCGGGCGGAGGGAAAAGGAGCAAAAAUUGUUUGAGUUGGCUGCGGAUUCUAAAUUAUAGAUACUGCUAUUUACUCGGACAGGGUGGAAUCUUUUCUCCACUGGCUGAAUAAGAACAUUCAAAAUUCAGCGACCAGGUUCAGGGGGCGAGUUGCCCCAAGGUAGCGAGUACAGUCCUUUUCCUGUAGUUCGGAGGGUGAAUUCCAGCCAUACAAUGAUGAUGGGCGAAGAUUUGGAGGACGGUCAUUUGGGGCCUUACCCAGACAGGCUGAGGACAUUCCCAAACAUGCGUGGUAAAUCUUACAACCCAUUGAUUUUUCGAAUUCUGAUGGGAAUAAAUGUUCGUGUCCUUUUCGUGAUUUUAUUUCUGACACUUGGAGUAGUCUUUUACAUUGGAGCAAGCACUUCUCCUAUCAUUGUUUUCGUCUUCUCAGUUUGUAUUGUCAGCUUCCUUCUGGCAAUGCACCUUGCCAAAUGGGUUCUUGCGAAAGAUGAGGGGCCUCCAGAAAUGGGUCAGAUAUCAGAUGCAAUACGUGAUGGUGCUGAAGGUUUCUUCAGGACCCAGUAUGGGACCAUCUCUAAGAUGGCAUUUUUACUGGCUGGGGUUAUCCUUUGCAUAUACUUAUUUCGCACUACAACUCCUCAGCAAGAGUCAUCUGGUCUGGGAAGGGUAGCCACUGCAUUUAUUACUGUAGCUGCAUUUCUUUUGGGAGCUUUCUGCUCAGGUGUUGCUGGGUAUGUUGGGAUGUGGGUAUCAGUUCGUGCCAAUGUUCGAGUCUCUAGUGCUGCGAGACGAUCUGCAAGGGAGGCGUUGCAGAUAGCUGUUCGUGCUGGUGGUUUUUCUGCUAUGAUUGUUGUUGGUAUGGCUGUAAUCGGUAUAGCCAUCCUGUAUGCCACAUUCUAUGUCUGGUUGGGAGUGGAUACACCAGGCUCAAUGAAGGUUACUGACUUGCCUCUUCUUCUUGUCGGUUACGGCUUCGGAGCUUCUUUUGUUGCUUUAUUUGCUCAACUGGGAGGUGGAAUAUUCACAAAAGCAGCUGACGUUGGAGCUGAUCUUGUUGGAAAAGUAGAGCAGGGGAUUCCUGAAGAUGAUCCAAGGAAUCCUGCUGUGAUAGCUGAUCUGGUUGGAGAUAAUGUUGGGGACUGCGCAGCUAGAGGUGCUGAUCUUUUUGAAAGUAUUGCUGCUGAGAUAAUCAGUGCUAUGAUACUUGGAGGAACAAUGGCUCAGCGUUGUAAAAUUGAAGAUCCUUCUGGUUUCAUCUUGUUUCCUCUGGUUGUUCACAGUUUUGAUCUGGUGAUUUCAUCGAUUGGAAUACUUUCAAUCAGGGGUACACGAGAUUCUGGUGCAAAGGGGUCUAUGGAGGAUCCAAUGACAAUUCUUGAGAGGGGAUACUCAAUCACUGUAGUUUUAGCCGUUCUGACAUUCGGUGCGUCUACCCGAUGGUUGUUAUACACCGAACAAGCACCGUCUGCGUGGUUUCACUUUGCCUUGUGUGGAUUAGUCGGCAUCAUCACUGCAUAUAUAUUUGUGUGGAUAACCAAGUACUAUACUGACUACAAAUAUGAGCCUGUACGUACAUUAGCUCUUGCAAGCUCCACAGGUCAUGGGACUAAUAUAAUCGCUGGAGUCAGUUUGGGUCUGGAAUCAACAGCCCUACCUGUUCUCGUCAUUAGCGUAGCCAUUGUCUCCGCUUACUGGCUUGGCCAGACCUCGGGACUCAUGGACGAAAAUGGUGUUCCUACUGGCGGGCUGUUCGGCACAGCUGUAGCAACAAUGGGCAUGCUCAGUACUGCUGCUUAUGUUCUCACGAUGGAUAUGUUUGGUCCAAUAGCUGAUAAUGCUGGUGGAAUUGUGGAGAUGAGUCAGCAGCCAGAAAGUGUCCGUGAGAUCACAGAUGUACUUGAUGCAGUUGGGAACACGACUAAAGCUACCACUAAAGGGUUUGCCAUUGGAUCUGCUGCACUUGCAUCUUUUCUUCUAUUUAGUGCUUAUAUGGAUGAGGUAGCUACAUUUGCUCAUGAACCAUUCAAGCAGGUUGAUAUUGCUAUUCCAGAAGUUUUUGUCGGCGGAUUGUUGGGCUCUAUGCUAAUUUUCUUGUUUAGUGCUUGGGCCUGUUCAGCAGUUGGCCGAACUGCUCAAGAGGUUGUCAGGGAAGUAAGAAGGCAAUUUAUUGAGAGGCCUGGUAUAAUGGAGUAUAAGGAGAAGCCAGAUUAUGCAAGGUGUGUUGCUAUUGUAGCCUCUGCAUCGUUGAGGGAGAUGAUAAAACCUGGUGCUUUGGCUAUUGUUUCACCUAUAGCAGUUGGUAUUGUGUUCCGGAUAUUCGGAUACUAUACUGGGCAGCCUCUACUUGGUGCUAAAGUUGUGGCUUCCAUGCUGAUGUUUGCAACAGUGUCAGGUAUUCUCAUGGCUCUUUUCCUGAACACGUCAGGUGGUGCCUGGGAUAACGCAAAGAAGUACAUCGAGACAGGGGUUCUUGGAGGCAAGGGAAGUGAUUGUCACAAGGCUGCAGUUACAGGAGACACAGUGGGAGACCCAUUCAAAGACACAGCCGGACCUUCACUUCAUGUCCUCAUUAAAAUGCUUGCUACAAUUACUCUGGUCAUGGCUCCUGUCUUUCUCUGAGUAGAUCAUAUCAAUUGCGGAGUUACAAUUUUUACUGCACCCCCCUAAUCUUAAAUGCUUUUAGGUAUGCAAAUAGAUAGGUUUUUGGGUGUAUAUUGAGGGUGCUUGAUUCCUAGUAUACCGGAUUGUCUUUGUUUUUGACAUUGAUCGAAUAAUGUUAACUUGCUGCUCAUUCUAGUGUAAUGUAGCGUCUAUCCUAAGUCAUUUAUCA